AUGAGGAGGUUGCGGCUGCAGCAGGUCGCCGUCAUCGUGGCGGUACUAGCGGUGGUGCGGCCGGCUCUGUGCCGGGAGCUGCAGAACAAUGGGACGACGGCAGUGGCGGUGGCGGGGGAGGGGAAGCGGAGUCCGAGGACGACGGCGGUGAUCGUGUUCGGCGACUCGAUCGUCGACCCGGGGAACAACAACAACCUGCACACCCAGAUCAAGGCCAACCAUCCCCCCUACGGCAAGGACUUCGACGGCCACGUCGCCACCGGCCGCUUCUCCAACGGCCUCGUGCCGUCCGACCUCGUCGCCCAGAAACUUCACGUGAAGAAGCUGGUUGCUCCGUGGCUCAAUGUUGACCACACUCCAGAGGACCUCCUCACCGGCGUUAGCUUUGCCUCAGGCGCCACAGGAUAUGAUCCCCUCACUCCAAAGAUCGUGAGUGUCAUCACGCUGGAACAACAACUGGAUUACUUCGAUGAGUACCGCGGCAAGUUGGUGGCCAUCGCCGGCGAGGAAGAGGCCGAGAGGAUCAUCGACGGCGCCUUCUUUUUUGUGUGCGCUGGCACGGAUGACGUGGCCAACACCUACUUCACCACUCCGUUCCGAAUCCUGGAGUACGACAUCCCGUCCUACGUGGACCUCCUCCUCGUCGGCGUGGACAAGUUCCUCCGAAGCGUGAGCGCUCGUGGAGCAAAGCUUAUCGGCUUCGUGGGCCUUCCACCUAUCGGGUGCGUGCCGUCGCAACGGACGGUCGGUGGCGGGUUCCACCGUCGCUGCGAGCCCAAACGCAACUACGCGGCACAACUCUACAACUCGAGGGUGCAGGUGCUCAUCAACGGGUUGAAUGCGGAGGCUGGGUUCAACACCCGCAUUGUCUACUUGGGGAUCUAUGACAUCAUCCAAGAGCUCGCCGAGGGCGGGGAGCGGUGGGGGUUCACGGAGACGACCCGCGGGUGUUGUGGGACUGGGCUCAUUGAGGUGACGAAUCUCUGCGACUCGAGGUUCAUGGCGGUGUGCCAAGACGUAUCCAAGCAUGUCUUCUUCGACAGCUUCCAUCCCACGGAAAGGGCGUACAAGAUUAUUGUUGAUUACAUUUGGGACACCUACGGUUACCUCCUGCAACCCUAA